GACAGGAGGGAGGGAACACGAGUGGAGGCGAGCGCGGUCGCAGCAUCCUUCAUUUACGACCCGAAAUAUCUAGAAGGCGAUCCUCCACCGCCCUCCUUUUUUUUUUGUUUUGUUGCUCCGGCCUCUUUUUUUUUUCUUCUUAUUUUCAUUAUUAUCACCCUCUCGUGUGUAUGAUGAGCUCCAGCCUGCUGGAAAACCCCGUGCAGGCGAUUUUGUACCUGCGGGAGCUCACCACCAUCGUCCAGAACCAGCAGAGCCUCAUCCAGACCCAGCGCUCCCGCAUCGAGGAGCUGGACCGGCGGGUGGAUGAGCUCAUCGGCGAGAACAGGCACCUGCGCGACGUCCGGGUGCAGCAGCAGCAUCCAUACCCUUCCUUCCCCCAUCUCCUUCAUCAUCACCACCACCCUGACCCGGGCUGCCUCCAUCACCUCCACCUGGUGCAGGACCUCCAGACCAAGACCGCUGCAAGCUCUCAGCCGGACCAGGAGGAAGGUUCGCCGGUGCAACAGGACGAGGGUGACGCGGUGGUCCAACCCCCCGCCCUGGACCCGGGGGACAUGCAGCUGGUUCCUGCCGACCCGACCAUGGUUUCCCCGGCGGGAAGUGACCCGGAAAACUGCGGAAGUUUCACCGGCUGCCGCUCUUUGGUUCCGAUGACCCCGACUACUCUUUGCAGAUCCCUGGCCCUCGCUAAGACGUCCGAAAGCGAGACGGUGCUGCAUCAGUUCUGCUGCCCCGCCCCCGAGCAUCCUGAUGUCGAUGCGAGCAACUCUUCCAGCGGCCAGUUGCUGAGCCUGGAGGAUGGAACGUCCUCUGGGGGACAGGAAGUGGAGGGCACCAAGCGGGAGGGGCCCAGCGAGUAUGAGAUCUCCCUGGAGAAUAAAAACAAACAGAUAGAAGAGCUGGAGCAGAAGUACGGAGGCCACCUCAUCGCCAGACGAGCCGCCCGUCGCAUCCAGACAGCUUUCCGUCAGUACCAGCUCAGCAAAAACUUCCAAAAGAUCCGCAACUCUCUCUCGGAGAGCAAGUUGCCCCGCCGGAUCUCCCUGCGGCACCCUAGCCCUUCAGGGCGAAACCGGAAUACCGCCCAGAGACACAGUUACUCUCUUCAUCCGGGAGGGGGACAGAUACCGCUACGCUCCAAAACUCCGCCGCCGCCACCGUGUCGCUCCACAUCCCUGCCUCCUUCUCCUCAAUCCGCGGCAGCAGCAGCUUCCGCUCCAAGCUCAGGACCAGCACCCGCUCAAAGUCCCGGACCCUCACUUUCACAGCUGGAAGACUGCUUCUCUGAACAACUUCACUCUCUGGCCCAGUCGAUAGAUGAAGCCCUCCGUGGUUGGAGCAUGUCAGAAGGUGGAGAAGGCAAAGGCCUCCUCAUGGACCCCAGUGCCCUUAGAGCAGCUGCUGAGAGCGCCUGCCUGCCCCGCAGCGCCAGCUCUCUUCUCAUGGCCUUCAGGGACGUGACGGUGCACAUUGACAGCAAUAGCUCCUACACCAUCUCCUCCGCCACCACCACCACAACCACCGCCUCGCUGGGCAACGCAGCCCAGGCGGGCAGCAGAAAGACCUCCUUGAGCGGGAUGGGCGGGAUAGGGUUCGGAGGAGGGGACGGGUUUUCAGCGGAAGGGAUGGAGCCGGAGUUUCCCGCACCUCCCCCUAGUGAGGAGCUGGAAAUGGUGGAUCCUGGAUCAAGGAGGGGGUCUGCCGUGCCCCUCCCAGGGGUGGGGGGAUUUCUAGAGGGGGAUAACCUCCUAGACAGAGUGGGGUCCACCUCCACGUCUACCUCCACGUCCACCACCAUUGCCACCUCCACCCUGUCCAACCAGCAGCCUGCCCAGAUUUACACCCAGUACCAGCAGUACCACUACAUGCACCCCCAGCAGAUGGCAGCGGGCACCAGUCCUGACGCCCUUCAGGCUCUGGUGGUCUCCUUGCCCAGGGACCGAUGCCAGGAUCCAGCUUCCUGCCGGUCUCCCACCUUCUCCACAGACACACACCGCAAACGGCUCUAUCGUAUUGGACUCAACCUCUUCAAUGUGAACCCGGAGAAAGGCAUCCACUUCCUGAUCACGCGUGGCUUCGUCCCGGACACGGCCAUCGGCGUGGCUCACUUCCUGCUGCAGAGGAAAGGUCUGAGCAGACAGAUGAUUGGAGAGUUUCUGGGCAACAGCAAGCUGCAGUUCAACAGAGAUGUUCUCGAUUGCGUCGUGGACGAGAUGGAUUUCUCCGGCAUGGAGUUGGACGAAGCGUUGCGAAAGUUCCAGGCUCACGUUCGUGUCCAGGGCGAGGCGCAGAAAGUGGAAAGACUCAUCGAGGCCUUCAGCCAGCGCUACUGCAUGUGUAAUCCGGACGUGGUGCAGCAGUUCCACAACCCCGACACCAUCUUCAUCCUGGCCUUCGCCGUGGUCCUCCUCAACACGGACAUGUACUCGCCCAACAUCAAACCGCAGCGCAAGAUGGGCCUGGACGACUUCAUACGCAACCUGAGAGGUGUGGACGAUGGAGCAGACAUCCCCAGGGAGAUGGUGGCGGGCAUUUACGAGAGGAUCCAGCAAAGAGAGCUGAGAUCCAAUGAAGACCACGUCACCUAUGUGAGCCGAGUGGAGCAGUCCAUCCUGGGCCUGAAGACUAUCCUGGCCGUACCCCACAGACGUCUGGUGUGCUGCUGUCGCCUGUUUGAGGUCCCAGAUGCCAACAAACCUCACAAACAGAAACUGUCGCAGCUCCAGAGAGAGGUCUUCCUCUUCAAUGACCUGCUCUUGAUCCUGAAGCUUUGCCCGAAGAAGAAAAGCUCAGCAUCUUACACCUUCUGUAAAGCCAUGGGUCUUCUGGGGAUGCAGUUUCACCUCUUCAGCAAUGAAUACUACGCCCACGGCGUCACCAUGCUGAGCCCGUUUACCUCAGAGAAGAAGCAGCUGGUCAGCUUUUGCUCGCCGAGCGGGGAGGAGCUCAGGAAGUUUGCGGAGGAGCUCCGAGAGGCCAUUUCCGAGGUCAACGAGAUGGAGCACAUACACAUCCAGUGGGAGCUGGAGAGGCAGCAAGGCAUCCAGCCACACAGCAUCCACACCAAUGGAGGACAAGUGGACGUGCACACGGGACACGGCUCCCCCUCAGGUCAACAAGACGUGUACGAUAAAACGGGCAACAACAACACAGUGGAGGUGUCAAUUCACAACAGGCUGCAGACCUACCAACUGAGCCCGCCCAGCGUUGAGGCCCCGCCCCUGGCCCUGACCGCCCCGCCCGCCCUGCUCGGCCCCGCCCAGGCGGCCGAGCUCCGCCCUGAGACGCUCAUCCAGUGCCAGCAGAUCGUCAAGGUGAUCGUGGUGGACCAGAGCGGGCGGGGCCGCAUGGAGGCCUUCCUCAGCCAAGGGCCGGCCGCCCACCAGCUCCUCCAGUCGGCCAUGUCCACCCCCGUGCACGUCAGGGAGGGGGACGGGCCCCAGCCACCCUUGCCGCCGCCCCCGCCCCCUUACAACCACCCCCACCAAUUCUGCCCGCCUGACUCGCCCAUGCCGCUCCAUCACACCAUGCCGCUCACUCGCCGCCGUAACUCCAGCGGCUCCCGCAGCAUCGUCUGAGACACCCCAGGGGUCCGCCCCGUGCCCACUCGCCCUCCUCCCCCAUGUUGGGACAAUCUCCUUUGGAGUCGCCGGCACUAAGAAGAGCAACAAUGCCUCCAUGACAAGACAAUUAGCUGAAUCACCAUUGUCAACAUGGACACCUUUUUUUUUUUGAAGAAGAAGACACCAACAAUACACGCCGCCUGGUAGCUGAAGAUGUCAGCCCAUGUCACCCUCUUUGAAAAGACUAUUUUGAUUAGUUUACUAGAAAUAUGAAGGACGUACGCUUAUUUCCUCCCACAGGAGAACCACUCGCACAUGAAACCGAACAUCUCAGCACAACUAAUCAAACCAUUUCUUUCUUAUCUCGCUAAUGUGAAGAAAAAAAAAGACAUGCCUAUCUGUGUCCUUUCUUAUUUUAGGAUAAGGAAUUUCCUGCGAGGCAAAAAAAGGCAGUACUUCAUGUACAGAAUGAUGUCAUAUGGUCUCAUGUCUCCUGCUUGUCAAGAUAAGGAUGAUUACAAGAAGGAGUGUCGGGGCCACACUGGCAAUGUCAUUCCAAGAAGGAGUGUCGGGGCCACACUGACAACGUCAUUCCAAGGAGUGUCGGGGCCACACUGACAACGUCAUUCCAAGGAGUGUCGGGGCCACACUGGCAACGUCAUUCCAAGGAGUGUCGGGGCCACACUGACAACGUCAUUCCAAGGAGUGUCGGGGCCACACUGACAACGUCAUUCCAAGGAGUGUCGGGGCCACACUGGCAAUGUCAUUCCAAGGAGUGUCGGGGCCACACUGACAAUGUCAUUCCAAGGAGUGUCGGGGCCACACUGACAACGUCAUUCCAAGGAGUGUCGGGGCCACACUGACAACGUCAUUCCAAGGAGUGUCGGGGCCACACUGACAACGUCAUUCCAAGAAGGGUCAGGGCCACACUGACAAUGUAAUUCCAAGAAGGAGUGUCGGGGCCACACUGACAAUGUAAUUCCAAAAAGAAGUGUCAGGGCCACACUGACAAACUAAUUCCAAGAAGGAGUGUCGGGGCCACACUGGCAAACUAAUUCCAAGGAGUGUCGGGGCCACACUGACAAUGUAAUUUCAAAAAGAAGUGUCGGGGCUACACUGACAAUGUAAUUCCAAAAAGGAGUGUUGGGGCCACACUGACAAAGUAAUUCCAAGAAGGAGUGUCGGGGCCACACUGACAAACUAAUUCCAAGAAGGAGUGUCGGGGCCACACUGACAAAGUAAUUCCAAGAAGGAGUGUCGGGGCCACACUGACAAACUAAUUCCAAGAAGGAGCGUCGGGGCCACACUGACAAUGUAAUUCCAAGAAGGAGUGUCGGGGCCACACUGACAAACUAAUUCCAAGAAGGAGUGUCGGGGCCACACUGACAAAGUAAUUCCAAGAAGGAGUGUCGGGGCCACACUGACAAACUAAUUCCAAGAAGGAGCGUCGGGGCCACACUGACAAUGUAAUUCCAAGAAGGAGCGUCGGGGCCACACUGACAAUGUAAUUCCAAGAAGGAGUGUCGGGGCCACACUGACAACGUAAAACACGCCACUAAAGUGGAGUUGCAACUUUAAAAAGUGCAUUUCUUCACAAUAAUCCAUUGAAAUUCAUUUAUAUUAAUUUGUCGUUGAGCAAAGUCAACAAUGACUGCAUUCAUUUCGAAUACAGCAGGUCCGGGUUUGACUCAUUUCUGUGAGAAUCCUGCGUGUGAAUGAAGCAUUAAGGUGGAUUCUUCACUCAUCCUUUAAGUGAGGGAAGAGGAAAAUACUAAUUCAGACCAACUGUUUACAGUAAAAUUAUAACAUUACUUUUUUCAUAAUUUCAUUCUUGUAAAAUUACACUAAAAACUUUUUUUUUCAUCUUUUGUUCCAAAAUAUUAUACGCAAACUAUCACCUUUUUCUUGCAAUAUUCCAACGUUAUCCUUGCAGAGUUUUUCCCCAAAAUAUUGUGUAAUUAUUUUCCUAUAAUUACGACAUAAAACUGGAAUUACUACUACUUAUUACUUUCAUCGCGAUAUGCUGACUCUUAUUAUGACGUUCUCUGCGAAAAAACAAUAUUUCAACUUUAUUCUUAACAAGUUAUUAAAGAUUUUUUGGCAUAUUACGAUUUUCUCAUUACAAAGUUCCGUGUUGCCACUUUUCACCGUUACAAACCUGCGCCCAUAAACACAUUUAAAAAGUACCGUAUAAUCCGGACUAUAAGCUGCCACUUUUUUCAACGCUUUAAACCCAGUGGCUUAUAAAAGGUUGCGGCUAAUUUAUGGAUUUUUCUUCGCUAACAGCCAUAAUGUUUUGUAUUCAACAAAUAGUUUUCAUAUUACACUGACAGAGACACUAAAAAGGUGUGUUAUUGUUUAUCUUGUGGACAAGAUCACUGUAGGUUAUGCGGGUUAGCUAGCUUCCGCAGCUAGUGGGUCCAUGACGAUGACUUCGGUUUUGUUUGAUCAGCCGUUUUACUGCCGUGUUACAGACACCUUUGGAAACAAAGUUAAAGUUAAAGUACCAAUGAUUGUCACACACACACUAGGUGUGGUGAAAUUUGUCCUCUGCAUUUGACCCAUCCCAUUGAUCACCCCCUGGGAGGUGAGGGAGGUAUGUAAAUGGACAUUUACAAAAUCUUUCGUACCAGUAAAUUAAUGCGGCUUAUAGUCCGGUGCGGCUAAUAUGGGGAAACAUAUUUUUUUCUUCUAAAAUUUGGUGGGUGCGGCUUAAAUACCAGUGCGCUCUAGAGGUCGCGGCGGAAGAAUACAGUGUGUCCAUUUUUGGCCGCUACUGAGGAAGAAUAUUAGUCAACUCAAACGUAAAUUAUUCAUGCAUGUAAAUUAGACACCAUAAAACAAUCAACAUUGGCCGCCUGCCCAGUCAAAUGCUGCAACCGCCAUGAAGGGUAAAGAUGGUGUCUUUGAAUAAGUGAAAGGAUAUUUACUAUGAAAUGAACAGUGAUAAUUAAGCAGCGUAGUGGUCUCAUUAUUUAGACUUCCUCCCCCCAAUAAGUUUCCUGCCGUCCCUUGCAAACACACGAUCAAAGUAAGCAGUUGUUCCAUUUUUUAUGACCGUUUGGAUUUCAUCUUUUUAUUUGGUAAUCACUGAGAUAUAAAGCCAGACUAGAACUUAACUUACAUCGCAGUCGUGAUAACAACUCGUUAAUAACCCGAGGACCGCGUCUCAUUUUUUAAAUGUCAUAACAUCAAUUAAGAUGCUUUAAUACUACAGCUUUAAUUUUGUCAAAUUGAUUUGUGUAAUAUCAUGACUUUAUUUUUGUUAACCAAACAAUUUUCUCCGUUUAACAAUAACCUGAUUUCAUUUAGGAAUCAUUUAGGUAUAAAUUCCGACUUUCACUAAAAUGUAUCGCGGUUGUUGGAAUGGAAUUUGAGCUCCUGAAUAUUAAAAAAAUCACGGUCUCAAUCUUGUAGAAUUGAGAUGUUUUUCUCGUGAUAUUACAAAUUUGGUCUUGUAAAAUCUAUUUGUGUGAUAUUUACUGUUGACAAAGUAUAACAUUUUUAAUCAGAUUAAUCACACUUUUGAAUUGGGAUUAAUCUUGAUUAAUGCAUAAUUUAACUUAAUUUAAACUGAAAUGCAAUUUUUAUUGUCACGCCAUCCAGGAACAUUUUAUAAAUGUUUUACAUGAAUACACGUCAUUUAUUUGCUCAAAACUUGAUAACAGUUUUAUCCAAAGUCCCAUCUGGGUUUAUUAUUAUUAUUACCAUGUAAUAUUCAUGGUUACGCUUAAGAGGCAUGUACGCGCACGGUAAAUUGUGUGAAUACUCCGCGUACAAACAUGAUAAAUGUGAUAACUUUUUAUGAAUGUUUACAUACAGUAAGUUAACUCGUUAUUUUUGACGGCUCUAGUAAUGCUACACAUUUAUUUUCGUUACCAUUUUGUAAAUAAAAAGAAUGAAUUGUCAUAACGUAAUUUACAAGUAGGGAUGGAUACCGAUUUCGGUACUUUUAUAGGCUCCGACCGAAUUAUGUCGGUGCUACCGGGUAUCGAUUCACGUAAAAUCAAACCGUGCUAUGUUUCCAUACUUUAGUUGCACGUGAUGUGACUAAACAUUAACUCAAGGAAAGGAUCCUUCAGGCAGCACUCAGCCAAACUCCCUUUAAGUCAGGGGUGUCCAAAGUGUGGCCUGGGGGCCAUUUGUGGCCCGCAGCUUGUUUUCAAUUGGCCCGCGACACCGGCAAAAUACAAUUUGUGCUUAGGAAAAAUGGAACCAGACCAAAUUCCCCCAAAAUGGGACCUGAAAACCAAAAUUGCUGUUAACCUGUGCGUCUUUUACAUGGUGUUUGAUGAACAUAUGUACACAUUUCUUGCAAGAUAUGGUAAGAUUUAGAGUUUGCGAAAGCUAAAUAUUAAUAAAAAUAAGUAUUGAUAAAGACUAAUUAUAAGAUGAAUAAUUGAUUGAACUAAAUUGUACUAGUUUUUUGUUACGUUUCGUUUUAUGUAGUUGCAGAGACGGCAGGCAAGUGCAGAAAAGAAUGGUAAUGGUAAGAUAUUGAGUGUGCUAAGCCUUAUAAUGUAAUAAUCAUACUAAUAUUGAUAAAUAAUGAGAAUAAUUGAUUCAACUACUUUGUAUUAGUUUUUGUUACGUUAGGCACUCCGGGGUGCAGAGGCGGCAGGCAAGUGCAGAAAAUAAGUCUUCUUUACCAGAGAAAGGCAGGUGCACAAAUGGAAAAGGUGCAAAAGUGCAAAAGGUACAACGUUGGGGUACAAAGCAAAAUAAUCCAGUCCCCAAAAGCAUCCUGAUUGGCAACCAGGGACAGGUGACGGCACCAGCGCUCAGCUGGCAAAUGGAGGAAAAAAGGACGUGGAACAAAAAAUAAGAGCGCUGGACAAGAAAUCAUGCAAAAUAAAAAAAACUAAUAACUGGCAUGUAAGAGGUUUUCGGGUCUUGAAUGUACAAAAAAGUACAAAGUGGCCCCCAGAGCCUUCAACUUUUCUGUAUGCGGCCCUUGCUGGAAACAGUUUGGACACCCCUGCUUUAAGUAAUGUUGCAAUUUUCAACACCAACAAAACAAGUAUUCUUGGUAAAAAAAAAAACGCUCAAACGUAAAGUAAGGGCUUUACUCUUUCAAAACGCGCUAGCUUGAUGCUAAUUUACAAUGGAUUUUCCAUAAACAAGCUACUAUUAGCAUUAGCCAUUUUACAAGGCAAUUUCAACACCUUCAAGUUUGGUAAUGAAAACUACAACUAAGAUGAAUGUUACAAUCAAACAGCUGGUGUGUACUAAGCACAAUACUUGGAGUAUUAACACUUUGUAGGGCGCAGCGUCCUGAAAAAAGCUACGGGACUGCCAUCUAAUGUCUUGGAAGUGCAACUGCAUUGCAAAUGAGACUUAAACGUGUAAUAAAACAAACAUAUAAUUAAAAUGUUAUACUCAAACCAUUAACAUUUAUUAUCACACACCAAAAAUCGGUGCUUUUGAAUAACCGGUAUCGAUUCCCAGGUACCGUUUCGGUUGAAAUGUGAACGUUUCACAUCCCUACAUACAAUCUCCAAUAAAUUAGGACAAUUUCUCUCAAAUAAAUAACCCUGUCUUCGUAUUACACCUAUUAAAAUAACAUAGUAGUUGUAGAAAAAAUACUUUAUUUUCUGAAAAAGACGACUUUUUUCCUCACAAAACGGCAACGUUUUUUAAACUUUUACAUAACAUCGUGGCUUAAUUUUUUUCCCUGUCCAAUGUACUUUUCGUAAAAUGUCAAUUUAUUUUCCUGUAAAUCAACAUACGCCAUCUAAAAAGACAUAAAAAAGUGUGGCCCUCAUAAUCCUUCCUGCUAACACUGUUUAUGUCACAGGAAGUAAGAGCAAGUGCUUCCAUUAGCCAACAACGACCUCCUGUACAUCCACUAGUUACUUCUUUCCUUCCCAUUGCGGACAUUUAUUUAUCAGCCAGGAGAUUCUCACUUGUAGCUUUAGUAGAACGAAAGGACAAACAAUUGGAGGUACGCGGGGUCUCGCCACCCCUCCCUCUUGCACUUUUACAUUCUUGCACAUAGAAAAAUAUGACAAAAAAAAAAUGCAGCGAUGCAUUCUUGUGCUGAAUGUGAAAUCAGGAAAAAGGAGCGUCGGGGUAGAGUGUUCGGUGAAAGUAGUCCUCACUUUUUACCGCGGAGGCGCACCCAAAUACGAGGCGCACUGAGCACGUCUGCUAACCUCUUUUGCACCGCAGAAUAUAUUGGAUAAAAUAUAUUGUACAUAGUUAUAAAUAUAACAUAUAGAUUCUAUUCAGAGAACGUGAUCCCGCGUCGACGUGCGGGUUUGUACAGAGAACAAUCUAGUUUAAAAAAAGAAGCCAAAAAAAAAAAAAGGAGAUAUAGUUGCUAUUAUUCAGUGAGGGUGUUCUAAAUGUUAGCGUCAGCAGGGAGGAGGCUUUUUUAGACUCGGGAGCAGUUACCAUGGCAACACAAUCAUCAUUACAGUAGCGUGUCAUGUUGUUACAGGAUUAUUAAGAGAUAUGUAAAGGGCUAUGCUGUUUUGGACAACACACACACACACACAGCAGCCAAAUCAGUAAGAAAUUCAUCCUAAAAACUGCUCGUCUUCUUUUCCCUGCCUCCUUUUCUUCUUUGAAGCGACUGACUUGAUCCAGCAUGUUUGUUUCAAGCGACACACCAGCUUUGUAUCGCUGACGUCGGAGCACAUUGAUGUCAUUUUCUAUCUUUUUUCAUUUAACUUCCUCCUCCUCCUGCGCGGUUGUCAUGGAGAUGCACCCGCCUCAUGCAUCCUCACCGUCAUGAUGAAUAUUUGCACCCUCACUGUAUUUCUAAAUCAAACAUAUGAUUUCAACACGUGGAUUAUUACUAGAAUUAUAGGAGAGGAAAAAAAAGAAGGGUGUUUCCAUUUUGUUUUGUUUGGAGAGAAUGAAAGAAUAAAGUAGUUUUUACUCUCUG